AUGGCCUCAAAUUUGAGGGACCAAUACCAUGCCCAGGUCAUAUGCCACCUAUAUGCCAACUUAUCAGUUAACGGUGUUAACACCACGUCAACAAAAUUUAACAGUGCCAAGAUGCCAGGGACUAACGGUGGGUCAGAUGAAUUCCGCUUUCUCAAUAUUGGGAAUGAUUCUAAAGAUGCCAUAACCUUAACUACUUUGUUAAAAGGACUCUGCAUUAGCAACAAGGUUGGGGAAGCACUGGACCUUUAUGAUGACUUAACGGCUAAAGGAUUUCUAUUCGGUAAACUUACUUAUGGAAACCUGAUCAACAGACAGUGUAACGUAGGGAAAAUAAGGUCUGCUAUUAAAUUGGUGCAAAUGAUAGAGAGAAAGGGAAUUAAAUCUAAUGUAGUCAUGUACGACACUAUAAUUGGUGGCCUUUGCAAGCUUGGAAAUGUCAUUGAGGCGAAUCAAUUGUGUUUUGAAAUGACUCAUAGAGGACUGCUGCCCUUUUCAGUCACUUGUAACUCUCUAAUCCAUGGUUAUUGCGGCAUUGGACAGUGGAAAGAAGCUUACCAAUUGCUCCAUGAAAUGGUAUUGAAAAGCAUCAAACCCAAUGUUUAUACAUUCAAUGUAUUGAUUGAUGCAUUUUGUAAAGAAAGGAGGAUUGUCGAAGCCCAAACAGUGUUUGCUAAGAUGAUGAAAUGUGGUGAGAGACCAAAUGCUGCAACUGACAAUUCUCUAAUGGACGGAUGUUGCCUGAUGAAUAACGUGAGUCAAAUGUAG